GUGUGGGCCGGGGAGGGGAGGUCGGAGGGGCGGGCGGGGGCGAGCGGAGUUGGGCGAUUGAACUUUUCUUGUUUAGUUUCCGCGGCGCGGAGGCUCCUGCACCCAGUGCAGCCCGGCACCGCCCGGCGAACGGGACCCUGCCGCCGCCUCCCGCUCUCCUCCGCACCCGCCGGCCCGGCCGCCCGCUGCCUGCCCCGCGGUGCGAUGGUGCGCGGGGCGCCCGGCGCGUCCCUGACCCUGCUGCUCUGGGUAACGGCCGCCUGCGGCAGCCCCGCCGGGCCGGCGGCUGGCGCGGCCGCCGCUGCCCGCAGGCAGGAGGAGGCUUUCUCGGCGGCCAGAUGCUCCUCCAGGUGCCUGAGCCUGCAGAUCACUCGCAUCUCCGCCUUCUUCAAGCAUUUCCAGAACAAUGGGUCACUUGCUUGGUGCCAGAAUCAUAAACAGUGUUCAAAGUGCCUGGAGCCUUGCAAAGAAUCUUGGGACUUGAAGAAAAACCACUGCCAAAGUUUCUGUGAGCCUCUUUUCCCCAAGAAGAAUUAUGAAUGCCUAACUAGCUGUGAAUUCCUUAAGUACAUCCUGUCUGUGAAGCAAGGGGACUGCCCGGCACCUGAGAAGGCCAGUGGUUUUGCAGCUGCCUGCGUUGAAAGCUGUGAAGCCGAUAGUGAAUGUUCUGGAGUGAAGAAAUGCUGUUCCAACGGAUGUGGACACACGUGCCAAGUUCCAAAAAAUCUGUACAAAGGUGUUCCACUGAAACCCCGGAAAGAGUUAAAAUUCACAGAACUUCAGUCUGGAGACCUGGAGGUGAAGUGGUCUUCAAAAUUCAAUAUUUCCAUUGAGCCUGUGAUCUAUGUUGUUCAGAGGAGAUGGAAUCAAGGAAUCCAUCCUAGUGAGGAUGAUGCUACUAACUGGCAAACUGUGGCACAGACUACGGAUGAGCGGGUUCAGCUGUUGGACAUCAGGGCGAGCAGGUGGUACCAGUUCCGGGUGGCAGCUGUGAAUGUGCAUGGGACGAGAGGCUUCACGGCACCCAGCAAGCACUUCCGCUCCUCGAAAGAUCCAUCUGCUCCACCAGCCCCGUCUAAUAUCAGAAUUGCCAAUAUCACUGCAAACAAUGAUGGAAGUGUGAAUGUAAUGAUUACUUGGGAUCUUCCAGAAGAGCCUGAUAUCCCAGUGCACCACUACAAAGUCUUUUGGAGCUGGACAUAUAGCCAGUAUGUGAUCCCAGCUAAAAAAAAGAGAAGGAAGAUUACUGAUGGGCCCCAAAAUUAUGUGGUCCUGGAGGGACUCCAACCCAACAGCAACUACAAUGUGGAACUGCAGGCAGUAACACGUUGGGGUCAGAUACGCCUAAAAAGUGCUAAAGUUUCCCUCCAUUUUAGCACAACUCACGACACCAGGAAUAAUAAAGAACAGACCUCUUCUGCUGUGAAACCUCAGAAAGGACUGGUAGAUCCUUUCCCAACCUUUCAAAGAAGAAAACCCACUCGUUUUCUUAAAAUUGGAACUCCCUUCUAUCAGGACAAUCAACUUCAGGUCAAAGUCUACUGGAAGAAAACAGAUACCAGCAUGAAUCAAUACCAAGUCCACUGGUUACUGGAGUCCUGUGCACGCAAUGACACCAAAGGAUUUGGGAAAGUAACUGAGCUGACUUACGAUAACUACUUAAUUCUGAAGGACCUGUCAUUUUCAUGCAAAUACAAAGUAACUGUUUUGCCUGCAAAAUCUAAAGGUCGUUUUAAGGCUGAGAGUAUUUUCUUUGUCACUCCACCUUGCUCUACAUUUAAAGAAAAAAACCACAAGCACAUUAAUUGUCCUGCUGAAGGAGUGCCAGUUCUACCCAAAGUGUUGGCCAAACCCGAGAAUCUAUCUGCGUCUUUCAUUGUUCAGGAAGGUAACAUCACUGGUCAUUUUUCCUGGAAGAUAUCUAAGGCAGUCCUUCAUCAGCCCAUGACAGGAUUUCAAGUCACAUGGGCAGAAGUAACCACAGAAAGCCGACAGAACAGCUUACCCAACAGCAUCAUUUCACAGUCACAGAUACUGCCAGCAGAUCAUUAUGUACUGACUGUGCCCAAUCUGCGACCGUCAAUGCUGUACCGAUUAGAAGUUCAAGUGCUGACAACUGGUGGUGAAGGGCCAGCUACAGUAAAAUCGUUCCGAACACCUGAUCUUCCUCCAUUUUCACCCCACAGACCUCAUCUGAAGCAACAUCAUCCACAUCAUUACAAGCCACCCCCAGAGAAAUAUUAGACUGUUUCAGGUGAUUACACAAAUAACUGAGAGGAAAACUGAGCUCCCACAUGAAAGUUAGAAAAAUGCACAUCUGUAGGAGCAAUGAAUCCAGUUUUCCAGUGGAAGUUACCAUCCCGUAGGAUCUGUAUCUACUUCUGUGUAGUUUAGCCAUGAAGAAUUGCAUUUGUACCAACACCAGGAUGAAAUAUACAGCAAGUAUCGUUUCAAUACCACCACUAUACAACAAGCUGAAGAUUGCAUCCAACUCAACACUUGUGAGAAAAUCAAAAGUGUGUUCAUCAUAAUGUUUUUGUAUUCCUAAGUUUAAAGUAGAUUGAAAGGGUGCAGUGUAUAUAGCUUUUUAUUCUUCUGACUUUAAUGUUAAUAUUUGAGAGGUUGUCCUGUGAUGUAUGCAUACUUUUGAACACUGGAGGCCAGAACAUCAGUGUGCUUAAACUGAUAUCUUUUAAAAGCUCUGUGUUUUCACCAGUUCAAACCCUAGUAUUUCUGUAGCUCUUUGCUAUUAGAGAAGAUCUCCAUAGGCCUGAAAUAAGGAUGUAAGUAAAAUAAGUAUCAGUAACAAAACCCAUAAAUUAGUCAAUAUUUAAUAAUUGCAGAAUCACCACAAAGGAGAAUAGUGAUACAUAUAUAUCGUCAAUGAUCUGUUCUGGAGCAUGGAGAUCUUGUAUUAAAAUAGCUAAUAGUUGAAGUAUGUACAUGGUAGUUGUACCAUUGUAAAGAAACAAAUGGCAGUUAACACCAAUUAACUUCUGCUAGAUAAUGGAAGAAAAUCCUAUUUCUAUUUUUUUUGGUUAUUAUCUUGAAGAGAAACUCCCAAAACCUAAAUACUUACCAUUAACAUUUAAGAAAUAGAAAUUCUGAGGCACAUGUAUUAUUCAAGUAGCUGUAGAGCUAUUUUUUGGCUUCUUUGGCUUUUGAUGCACAUACAUACUUCUUUUCCCCAUGGAUCUUUUGAACAGAAGGAUGGAUGUAUUGGCUCCAUGCUAUUCUGCUUACAGAAAGAAUUAUUUGACAAUAUUCUAGCAUCUGGAAAUCAUUGGCUUAUAGUUUAUUUUAAUGCAUUUUUCAAAUUUAGGCAGAAGGGUGCCCUUUUUAACCAUAAGGGAAUGCAGAUUGCCUUAUUGUGCAAUAUAAACUGUCUAGUAUAAUUUGCCACACAGUGAGACAUCCUUUGAUAGUAAACAGAAACUGCUUGGAUUUAUUAUCAAGAAGGUGGAAAAUAUCUGACAUAAACAUUGUCCAUAAAAGUACUCAUAAUCAACUUCUAAUGUUCAAGACUUUUGAAAUACUCCUGCAUUCUUUGGCACAGAUUCCAUUGCUCCAUGAAUAAUCAUAUGAAGCUAAUAUAUCUUAAGUGCUCAGUAGUCAAAAUUGACAAGGUAGACACUUUUGUACCUUCUACCAGCAAAUGCCACAAACUCAACUUUACAUCAUAUCUGCCUGAGAUAUUCAGUGAGAGGAAUUCAGAUUUUAAUUCGAUUAUAUUUUCUUUCUCACAAUGGCAAAUUUGACUUUAAGAAAAGCAAAUAAGGAAACAAGAAAUACAUGCCUGAAACUGAGGAUCAUAGUUAUGAUUAUCAUUGUAGAGCGCUCACAAAAUAUUAAAAUAAGUUUGCCCGUACUGAAGAAGUUUAUAGCUUUUGGUGCAUGUAGGCUGAUACCACAGAGGUUGAAGAGGACUGAACUAAUUUCUGAUUGCUUGCUUAUUCUAUUUUUUUCUACAUUUCCAUCUUCUCUGUUAAAGAAAUCUUUCUUUUUUUUUUUUUUCCAUUCUCUUUCCACUUUGCUUGUUGUAUUUUUUUUGAUAUACACUCAAUGACAAAGAACUUUUCCAGACAAUCUGUAUGGCUACGUGGUUUGGGCUUUUAACAGUUAUUUCAAAAAAUAUUAGGGGCUAUGGAGCUUUUAAUUCCUUCUUCUACUACUAUGUCAUCUCCCCUUUUCCAAAAUAUAUUAACAAAUAAACAGAUGAUCUCUUCUUCACAAAAAUCUCUGUAGUGUAAAAGGAUUAUUUUCAAUUUUGUCAGAAAGGCAGGGUAUCAGAGAUUUUUUUCUGGGUGGGAAUGUUUCAUGUGUACAGCAGGUCUUUAAAAAGUAAAAACAUUAUUUGAAUCAGACUGGUGUGCAGCACUGCUUCAAAAUUUAGAUUGCACAGGGCAUAGGUAAGGAUAAAGAAAGUUCCAUGUUGAUCACUGAGAGUAGGAUUCAGUGGGAUCAGGACAAGUAAUUACCCCUGGCUUCUUCGAAAACUUCUGUCCAAACCUUUCAAUCAGAGUCUAUUCGAGUUAUGCUGGAGCAAAUCUGUAGUGACUUGAUUAAUGUUAAUGAAAUUAUGCUGCAUUUAUAGUGACAUUGCUAAGCAUAGAACGUGAAUGUCAGUCUUUAUUACAAUGAUGCCAAACCUGGUUGAAGAUAAGCUGGAAGUUAGCAUCCCUGAGUGAUCAUACCAGUCUCAAUUGCUGAGUGGAAGCCAUGCUCUUCUGAAAUGGAUCGAAAUAAUUGCUCUGUUUGCUGAUGUUAGUCUCUUUUGAAACAUUCAGUUUUAAAAAGUAAUAAUAUACUUUUGAAUAAGAUAGAGGGCUUUCCUUAUUAAAGUAGAUUCUGGACAUAAAAAGAAAAAAAAAGCUGAUAGAGUGGAAUUGUAUUGAGAAGGUGUGUUUUACAAAGAUCAUUAAGAUGUAAAUUUAUUUUUUCUUCUCUGAAUCAGCUUAUUAACUCACCUUUCAACUGUAUAGAUUUCAAGUGACCCUCCAAAGCAAAAAAAAUAAAAUAAAAUAAAGGCAAAAACAGAACCAAGCCUAUGCAUGGACAUUCAGUUCCCAAAUGUGAGUGAUUUUUGAUCAUUCUUUGAAUUUAGGAGUACAUAUUUGAAGCUUUUAGUGCCUAAUUCAUGAAGCCUUGUUUACUGAAUUGUACAGGGAAUUGUCCUAAUUUACUAGUCUCAAUCACAUUAAGCAUUUAAUUCAGCAGUAGAGUUGUAAUUCACUACCUGAUUUAUAGUUAAAGAUUUAUUUUCUCAAACGAUGUUGUGUAAUACAGAUUUAAUACAGAUAUUGGGAUGUUUUUAGAUACUCUGCACCUUUACACUAAUGUAUUAUUUGCUAUGUACGAUUCUGAUGGAUUUGUCAGGUGACUUCUGGACGAAAUGCAUUUUGCUUAUUUUUAUUUCCUAAAGGAGAGUUAUAGAAUUAUGCCAUUUUUGCUAAAUGCUUUAUGCAGUUGGAUUUUUUGUUUUCUUCUACAGUGAAUAUUGGUUAAGAAGGGAAUGUUUUCUUCCUGUUAUUUCCUUUUUGACAGUUUUUGAGUUGUUUUUGUAGAGCAGGGGAAAUUCAAAUAAGACAGAACCUGUGCUGUACUACUAUGUGUAUCCUCUUGAAUAUUUAUCAAGAAUAUGGCAUGUGGACAAUGAACUAAUACACAUAAGAGGUCUGACUCCUGAACUGCUGAGCAUCCUCAACUUAAAUGGCUUUAGAAAGAUUUGAGGACAUGCUGUGGCAAUGCUGACAUGAGAUUAAAGUUUGGCAGGGUCAUACACGAAAUCAAAGAAAUGCUCACUGCUAACGUGAAUGGGGUUUUACCAUUGAUAUUAGCAAGAAUGGAUAGAGACCUAAAUGCUGAGUAGAUUUAAUCUGCAAUACUUUAAUAUCCAUGUUCCCAGUUGGAAUAGGGAGAGUUUCAGAUAAGUAAGCCCUGAUUCAGGAAGGUAUGGAGAAAAGAAAGCUUCCAUAUGCACAAAAGUCAGUGGGAUGGAUGUACACCUUAACAGUUAAGAACGAGCUGUAUUGAUGUUUUGAAUAAAGCACGGAUGUCAGAAUUUGCUUGAAUGCUGUCUUAAAUCAGGACCUUACAGAACAAAGUAUGGGACCCAGACUGUUCUAAAUUCUGUGUACAACACCAUAGAAAUUUUUAUUUUUGUCUUGUGUAUAUGUAAAUGUAGUUGUGAUAUUGACUUAUUUAUUAAUUCAUUUUCUUAUACUAUGUGCCAAGUAUAUUCCUACCCUUUUGAUCAGUACCUGUGGACAUCAAUUACUAAAAAUAAUGUUAUGCAAACUUGUGCAUUGUAACCAGGAAUAUGAUGCUAAUAAUCUGUUGCAUGUAGUUUUAAAUAAUUACAAAACCCUUUAUUUAAAAAAUGUAAAUGAAUACCUGCAAAUGUUGAUGAUUAUAUAUGGUUUUGCAUGCCAAAACUCAUUGUUCAGUUGUGGGCAUGAAAUGUAACGACUGUCUUACCUCUACUGAAUAUAUUAGUAAGGUACAAUUUACAAAGUAAUUAAAGAGGUCUAUAUGUAAAAUUUUUCCUUUUUACUUGAUUAUAUUGUAGUAGAGGUAACAGAAAUGCUUAUCUGUUAUCCAAUUUGGCUGUAGAAAUUAUGUUCCUAUAACAAUCAUUUAAAGUCAAUAUUUAUUUAUGUAUGUAAUACAAAAAGAUUGAUCUUGUAUGUGUCUGUCCUGUUAUUUAGAGAAAAAAAAAUUCACUUGUAAAAAAAUUUUGUAAAAAAAAUGUAAAUGUAAAAAGUCUGAUUUCUGUUACUCAUUAUUUUCAUGUUUAGAAUUUGUACAUACUGUUUAGGUAAUAAACUAUCGUACAUUGAA